AUCGUUUUGCUGGCACAGCAACGUAAGCAUCACUUGAAGGUGGACGUGACAGAAUGGCAGCUACGAUACUGGUAACUGGUGGGGCUGGGUAUGUGGGCUCACACACAGUAAUUGAAUUACUAAACUCCGGGUAUGAGGUGGUGGUCGUUGACAAUCUAGUGAAUGCUUGCCAAGGAAAAGAUGGCCAACCUGAGGCCCUGAAACGUGUUGAGAAGAUCACAGGAAAGAAAGUUACAUUCUACAAUGUUGACCUGUUAAAGUUAGAUGAACUGGACAAAGUCUUUUCUGCGCAUCCAGUUUCCCUCGUUAUGCACUUUGCAGCACUUAAGGCAGUUGGAGAGUCAGUGUCAUUACCUCUUGCUUACUAUAAAAACAAUGUCAGUGGUUCAAUCAUUCUUCUUGAGGUAAUGAAAUCUCAUGGUGUGAAGAAACUAGUUUAUUCAUCAUCUGCAACGGUUUAUGGAACUCCUCAGAGUUUGCCCUUAACAGAAGAUCAUCCCACUGGUCAAGGCUGCACCAAUCCAUAUGGAAAAAGUAAAUACUUCGUGGAAGAAAUACUCAAGGACUUAGUUAUAUCUGAUAAGGAAUGGUCAGUUGUCUCAUUGCGUUACUUUAACCCUGUUGGUGCCCACAAAUCAGGUCAUAUUGGAGAAGAUCCUAGUGGGAUACCCAACAACCUCAUGCCAUACAUAUCUCAAGUGGCUGUUGGUCGUCGACCUUCAUUGUCUGUAUAUGGUUCUGACUAUGAAACACCAGAUGGUACAGGUGUUCGUGAUUAUAUUCACAUAGAAGAUCUGGCUCUUGGACAUAUAGCAGCUGCAAAAUUGCUUUUAUCUUCAUUGUCAGGUCAAUUCAAGGUCUAUAACCUUGGAACAGGUCGUGGGAAUUCUGUUCUUGAGGUGAUUAAAGCAUUUGAAGAAGCAAGUGGUCGUAAAAUUCCAUAUACCAUCUGCCCCAGAAGACCAGGUGACAUAGCAGCAUCGUAUGCAGAUGCUUCGCUUGCUAACAAAGAGCUGGGUUGGACUGCUUCAAAAACUCUUCACGAUAUGUGUGCAGACACAUGGCGUUGGCAGUCACAGAAUCCACAUGGUUUUUCUUCGUCAGAACAUUAGUUAUGAUAAAGGAUGGUACCACCUUGAAGACUGUUCAUAAUUGCAACUGCGCAUAUUCAAAAAUAAUUGAAAAAAGAAACCAUUACCAGUAGUUCCAGUAUUUAUGUGCCCAAUAAUCUGUAAUUUCAAUGAAAGUAACAUAAUUUUUGUGUAUGACACUGUGACGUAUGCAAUGUUUGCAUUCAUAAGGACCAUAGUCUUAUUUUUAUGAAUUCAUUAUAUCUGACUACUACAAAUUUGGUCCGCCUUCAUACGUUAGUGGUCAGUGUGGCUGGCUGCCACGCAGUGGACCCAUUUCAGUUCCUGGUACUGUCAGGGAUUUUUUCUCAGUUGGAGGACUGGAACGGAGUCCACUCAGCCUCAUGAUGCCAAUUGAAGAGCUACUUGUAUGAGAAGUAACAGCUCCAAGGUUUGCAGAGCCAACAAUAACUGGAAAAGCAGUGUGUUGACCCCACACCCUCCAUACUGCCUCCAGAUGAUGCCAUUGGCUGAGGGUGACACAGCAGUCGGUCCAGAUUGGCCCAUCUGAGGUUAGAAUCACCGAGCUUUUCAUUCGUUCCAAAUUUGACAGGCAUAAAUUAUUACUUCUUGUGUUUAAUGAUCUUGGAUUUCAAAUCUUUUCUUAUCACAUUAUUUUAUCGAGUUACACUCCCCUCCUCCCCCCUGCCACUCCAAUGUGGGUGAAUUUAUGAAAUGGGAUGUGUGUGCAUUACAUUCAGUGCUGACAGAUCACUUAAAUACAUAUUUUAAAAAAGUAUGCUUGCAUCCCAAAAGUUUUGUUCAGAUGACACUAGUAAUUAUUCAUAUUGUCCUACAGGAGUAAGACAUUAAAAUCUCUGUCAGUAUUAUUUUGAUCUAAAGUGACAAAGGACACACACACACACACACACACACACACACACACACACACACACA